ACGAACUAAAAGAGCGGGAGAGACGAACCGAAGAAGAAACUGCCUGUGCUGGAUUUGAGUGAACUACAGUACAACGAUGUAAACAGUUAUUUAAUUAGGAAAUAAGCCCUAUUUGAGGAAAAUAAAGUCGUAAAACAUUUACUUAACAUCAUGGGCAAGCGGAAGAGAAACCUGGACAUGAGGUGUGUGCUAUUCCCAGACGAUGUGAAAGACACUUUCAAAAAGGCAGGAAAAGCAUCUGCCAGAACAUCCACACCUGCCACAAAGUCCUGGGAGAGAUGUGGGGACAGUUUCCUGGACACUUCUGUCAUUCAGAAGCUGCAAACAUCAGAGAAGAGCAGAAAUGCACGUAAAGUGGCUCUGACGUCUGUUACUGGCAAUGGGGAUGCUGGCACAGAUGAACCAGUGCACAUUGCCUGGAGCUCCAGUGAGGAGGAAGAAUCAGACGGUGAUAGUCAUCCUCCUCCUCGACUGACUGUCACACAGGCACCACAGCUGCCCAGAGCACACAAACAACAUCCUGUUGACUCUUGCAGAAGUCUGCGGAUGUUCAGCACUGGUGUAGAGACUGAUGACCUGCCCUUUAUUGAUUCAGACAGUGAGAUAGAGGAGGAGAAUUCAGCUUCAAAAGAACAUAUUGACUUUCUAAAUCCAGUUGUGUCACCAAACCAGAUUUCAGACUACUCCUCUUACGAUGAUAAUGAUGAAGAUCCAGAAGAAAGCAGAGCGGACGCAGCCGAGUCCAGCAGGCAGUCGGUCAGCGAGUGGGUCCGAUCUGCUCAGGCGAUUCUUCAGACACCUCAGAAAUGCCCUAAGAGCAUCAAGACCCCAGAGGACUCAAGUAAAAAGAGGAGGAGGUUUGAAAGGGGAGGUCUUGCUGAAAGGCUGAACCGACUCCACAGCAGGCAAAAAUCAGCCAUCAGCUUCUGGAGACAUCAGUGCAACUCAACCACAUCAGCUGCUGAGAGGCCGGGGGUCUUGAUGCUGAGGAUUCUGGGAGUUCGGGAGGAAUGUGGCAUGCAGGCUGCUGUGUGUGACAGGCUGCCGGAAGGAGAAAAGUGUGUGGCUCUUUUCAGCAAGGACACGGCCGCCCAGUUACAGCCUGCGCCCGGAGACGUCGUCCACAUCUACCCACCAUGGCAGAAUCUGGUUGUUGAGGGUGAACGCUAUCCCAUAAUUCUCAACACCCACUUCAGUCAGAAAGCCUGCGAAGAGACUAAGCCGGAUAACGCAGGUGGUCCGAGAGCUGCGGUCGCUGUGGAGAAAUGCAGACCUCCGCCGUUAACCUGGAGCCUGUGGCGGUCAGGGACGAGCCAAGUGUCAACCGAGACAUCCAUUCCCUGUAAACAGGUCGGUGAGUUGAACAGAAGCGGAGUUCGGAAGUCUCUGUUGGAUGCAGUGGAGGAUUGUGGGUCGUCGGGCUCUCAGAGCGGUCCUGUUGAGGUGGUCGUUCAGAGGGUCUACUGCAUACCCAUCACCCAGUCCCUACACAGAACUUCUCUCCAGCACAGAGCGCUUGACAAACCUCCACCAGAAUCAGCACCACCGCAACACAUCGGCAGGUUGUGUGCUCUAGUUCAGGACAGUUACGGGAUGUUCGGUGAGGUUCUUCUGCACUGUGUGUCCACAGAAUCAGAGAUCCAGCAGAACUCGGAGCAGCUGGAGGGCCAUGUGUGUCUCCUCCAGGCCCUGAGAGUCGUCCAGCGUCUCACACGCGACAAAUGUUCUCCGCUCUUCAGUAUGAUUGACAGUUUGUGGCCUCCUCCAGUUGAUCCAAAAUCUCAUGACGAUCUUCUGCAGUCUCCCAGAGAUCGAGUCCCACCGCCCUGUUUCUGCUAUAGGCUGAGCGUCCAGCUGGGACACAUGGUUCCGUUAUCAGGACAGACUGAAUCUCCACUGUACCGAUCACCUGUACUUCAGACGCUAAGAGAGAUCCUUCAGGAUGAAUCUUCGAGGUGUCGUUGUAGCUUUCGGGCCACCGUGGUUCAUAAACAAUUACUGAGCUCAGAUGCAGGCGAGAGGGAGAUGCUGCUGUUUGUGACAGAUCCCAGUCUACAAAGGGAGCCAAACACAGACGGGAACAGGAGAACCGUAGCCGUGUGUCUGAGCCCAUCCUGCCUGAUCCAGAGCUCAGUCACACAGGCCCUGGACGCCCUGCAGACACAGCCUGUUCUGAUGUUCAGAGACGCCGUGAAGGAGAAUGCUCAGAUAUUCUGCUGGGAACAGACGGUGAUCCAACUGGAACCAGAGGACUCAUCCUUCUCCAUACCACGGCCCAUCAUACUGGACCACCUGGGUCCAGAAACCCUCCCAUACUCUCUCUGCACUGUCACAGGUGUGGUUGUAGCAGUGGAUGAAAGCACAGCGUUCUCCUGGCCCACCUGCAGCUGUUGCGAGAGCUGCAGUUUAGAGACUCGAGAACAUCAGAAAGGAUUCCUCUGUUUAGCAUGUGGAGCAGUGAUGGAUGAACCCACCACAAAGAUGGAGCUGGAGGUGUUUCUGAGCUGCUCCUCACUGAGCCACUGCACCGUCAAAAUCAAGUUGCAGCAAAAGACCAUUAAAUCUCUUUUAAACUCAAGCUGGACUGAGGGUUACAGUGUGGAAAAUGUUCUUGGGUCGGAGAUCGGUCCUCUCAGCGUCUUCGUCCACGUCGUCAACAGAAGUCACACUGUUUGGAUGGGUUUGGAGGAGUGUGACCUGCACUGACUACUAGCACACUUAUCUGUUCAUUUCAUGGUUUAAAAAGAAUGAUUCGUCAACACUAGUCUUGCCUUAUUUCCAAAUGUAUGUAAAUAAGCCAAAAAAGUGUAGAGUGCUAGAAUAACUUUACCAAUGAUCAUUCUGGAGCCUGUAGUAUUUUGAAACUGUUAAGAAAACCAGAACUAAUAAUAUUAGUAUGAAAGAUGCUCAUGUGAUGUCCAGUAUCAGCUGAUAAAAGAUUUUUGUGUUGUCAAUCAAAUGAUGGCAUCUAUAUUAUGGUGGUGUUUAAGUUAAUUGUACAGUAAUUGAUUUAUUGCUCUCUAUGACAGCUGAACACCUACAUCCACUAUAAAUAAAUGUUUUAUGCCACCAAAUAACUGAUCAAGUCAUUUUCAUGAAAGAUAAACCAAUAUUAUUUCUUCACAACCACUUUUAAGUGUCUAAUAACUAGUAUGCAAAAUUGGUUUUAUUCCUAAUUUGACAAGUACACAAUAAAACCUAAUAUGUUCUAUGAAUAUUUAUUAUGUUUAAUGAUUAUUAUUAAUUAUUUAUGCCAUUGAAUUAAUUCUAUGAAUGGGUCUAACUGUAAACUAGGAUCAAAUGCUACUCCUUUUGUAUUCACCUGUGAAUACCAUUGUUUUUUUUCUUUUUUCUUUCUAAAAAGUUGCAUCAAUCCGUCAAGUACCUUUGUAGUAGUUGUAGCCCUUAUUUACCAACUUCUAUUUAAAAGCAAAACCAGCAGCUUCAGAAUUUAUCUUGAGGUCUGGCAAAUUAAUCUGAAAUUUGGAAAUGUGUCUCUCUAGUGUUUACCACAAACCUUAUUUUAUUCUUAAAUCCGAAAUCGCUGUUCCUUACAACCCACGUGACUUUUUUAAGUAUUACAUUUAGAAAUCUCUGUACUCACGAAUCAUGAUCCCGUCGAGCUGAUUGACAGCUACACCUUUCAACAGACCACGCCCCCUCAGACCCGCCCCCGUGCACACAUGCGAGUUCACAUGGAUCUUUUUGGAAAUUUCACUUCGUUUUAUUAUACAUUUGUACACACUGUACAAUUUCAAACAUGCUCUGGCAUUAAUAGGAAGUUUUUGGGAAUUAUAAAACGGGUACCAUAAAAACAUAUAUGAAGUUUUUUCUGUAAUAAUUUAGAAUACAAAAACAUUCACAAAAA